CAGGAAGAGGGAGAAGCGGGGGGCGAAGCACACACGGCUUGUCCGAGAGGGUCCCAGGAAUGGCAGCACUCAGGGGUGGAAGAUUCACUUUCCAUGUUACUGAGAAGAGCUAGAGAUGCCGAGAGACACCAGAAGGGAGGGAGAUUCCCAACAGUUGACAAGAAGGAAUGCAAGAUGGUCAGAGGCAGGGUGGGAAUGAGCCCUGGCUGGUCACUGCAUUUGAUGGUUCUGUGGACUCUCUAUGGAGUCGCUGGAGCACAGGCGUCCAUCACAGCUCACUAUGGCGAGGACAUCACUCUGGGCUGUAUCUUCCACCACAUACCGAGGCUAAAACUCUAUCGACUGAACAUCACCUGGAAGAUGCAAAGAGCCGAGGGAGCAGCUCUCCUGGUUCACAGCUACUAUGGGCAGAGGGACCUGUGGCAGGGACAGGACAAGGUUUACUGGGGCCGGACGCAGCUGGACCCAGAGGGAAUCCACAAAGGAAAUGCGUCCCUGCGACUCAGGGCUGUGGGCUUCCAGGAUGAGGGCUCCUACCUCUGCUACGUCACCUCUGAGCUGGGAACCUCAACCCAGAAGAUGUCCCUGGCCGUGCUAAGGAAGAGUGAAAUGGAGUCUCCCAUCGUAGCUCGGCUGGGGCAGGACGUCAUCCUGAGCUGCCCCUUUGAAUGCGGAUUAAAUCUCCAGCCGUUGAACAUCACCUGGAAGAAGGAAGAAACCGAGGGGCCGGAUCUCCUGGUUCACAGCUAUUGUAAUGGGAUAGAUACGUUGCAGAGACAAGAUGCCUCUUACAAGGGCAGAACACAGCUCCACCCGGAGAGGUUCUCUCAGGGAAAUGCAUCCCUGAUGCUAAGGAGAGUUCGCAGCCAGGAUGAGGGAUUCUACAUCUGUCACGUCCAGCUGGAACUGGGACGGUUUUCUGUGCGGAUGCAAGUUACAGUCGAAGACUCUGUGAGUGAUCAGCCAACACUAGUUGUGUCCUGUGUCUUGUGUUUAGUUUUGUUAAUAUUAAUAAUGUCUAUGAUCAUUAAGAAGCACCAUCCUCUCCUGCUGCAUAAAUCAAUGUUUUGGUUGCAAUGGAAACGGCAGAAGGACAGAGACCAGCCUGAGUCAAACCCGUUGACAGCCAGUGAGUCAUCAAAUCCAAACACAGUCCUGACACCACCUGCCAGCUCCUUACGGCCUUGUGGAGAUGCUACCACCACACACCAUAGAACCUCUCAAGUCAUGGAACAUGGUGACACACAGUCUUCCAGCUCCUUGGGCUGUCAGCCAGUUCAGGAGCAUGAACAGAAGGGAAGAGCUGCUACAGAUGUGGUUUGGGAAGAUUUUGACACGCUCUCUGAAGGAGAAAUUGCAGAGCUAAAAGCUGCUGUUGCGACAAAUAACCCGACAGGGCUGGUUUCCGCGCUGCAAGAGGUCAGUGAGGCAGUCAAGAAUGAAAGGUUCAAAGUUGCUGUAGUCGGAGAGGCGGGAUCCGGAAAGUCAUCUUUUGUCAAUGCCACCCGGGGUCUGAAAGAACAUGAUGCAGAUUCUGCUGAGACUGGAGUGCUGGGAGAAACGACGGUGGAGCCCAAGGCUUAUUCACAUCCCAAAAACCCCAACAUAAUGCUAUGGGACCUGCCAGGGAUCGGGACAAUGGACUGUCGCUUAGAUACUUUCCUUGAGCAACGUCACGUCAGACGUUAUGACUUGUUCAUUAUCAUCUCCUGUGGGCGCUUCACAGACAUCGACGCCAGACUUGUGGAGAAGAUUCGAUCACUGGGGAAGACGUUUUACUUUGUCCUUUCCAAAGUGGACUUCGACGUGGCAUCUGCACGGAGAGCAAACAUCUGUGAGGAGAGUACCCUGCAGAUAAUCAGAGAGGACUAUAUAUCGCACCUGGGAGGAGAAACAGACAUUUUCCUUAUAUCUAGUUGGGCCCCUGACAAGUUUGAUUUCCCCCACCUGCAGCGAAUGUUAGCAGAGGAAUUCUGCCGUCACAGGGCGAGAGCUUUGCAACGGGCUCUCUCAGAGAGUUCUUUGCCCAUUUUGCAAAAGAUAAAAGUGUCGUUGUAGGAGGCAGAGCAGCUAUGGGGCCAAACUCUCUACUGGGGUAGCUCCAAUUUACACCACCAGA